AUGCAAGAAAUGUCAACAUCCGGAAACAAGCGGAAGUCACCAAACACUGUCUACGAUGAGGAUGGUUUUAAUGAUCGUUUAAAGAGAGCUGCCAGGAAAUCUGAAUCGGAAGGAAGUUUAACUCCAAUGGUCAAAGAAGAGCUGCGUUGUUUUAUUGCUGCUAAACGUCAUUCCGAGGGAAAACAAGAAAUGAAAGUUGAGUUCAAACAGCCAGAAAAACAUCCGCUGACAGCGGAAGAAAUGAUGAAAAAAGAAAGGCGGCGAGAACAAAAUCGAAAAGCUGCCACUAAAUGUCGUCGUAAAAAGAAGAAUGCUAAAAUAGAAAAGGAAAGCGAAAUGAAAACUUUAAAGAAUGAGAAUGAAAAAUUGUCCGAAAUGGUGCGUGAGCUACAGGGUCAAGUGAAACAAUACGCAGCCAUUUUAAGACAUCAUGAACAAUCUGGUCAGUGUGCCUUGCAACCCAAAGAGCCAGUUUCUUUAAUUCACAAUAUACCUUCGCAUCUGUUUGAAGAUGAUGGUAGUCCUGAAAUUGAUUCGCCGCAAAGUCCACGUUCGUUUUUCAGUUCAUCAGCUGAAAUCAGACUGAAUUCAGGAGAGGCAUCUUGUCCAGGGUAUGUUAGUACUCAUUAUGCAAACCAAGAAAUGACCAGGGUUAUCGGCGAGUGUUUCGGUUUUGGCAAUAUACAGUUAAAUAGCAUGAGGGAUUUUACUCCUCCCGUUUCACCACAUCUUACAGAGUUCUCAGAAAACUCAUUAGGUGACCCUCAGCUAUCUGAUCUGUUACGUGAUCUGGGCUCAUCUGACAUGUAA